CGGCUUGCAUUGCUAUAACAGUACCCACCUGUGUACCGGUGAGUUUUUUUGUGUUUUAAAUUUUGCAACGCUAUAACAACAAAUAUUAAAGAGAAUAACGAAAUACCAAUAUCAAAAACAACAACUACACGGUUCUGUACUUUAGUGUGAAAAGAAGGACUGCGCCUGAAGUUGUAAAUGUCUUUAAUUUCCUGGACUUUGUUUCAGCCGGUGGACCAGUGUGGGGGAUGCCCAGAAGGUGCGAAGUGUGUCAACACAGGCAUCGUGUGUAUCACUGAACAGUGCCCCACGUACGAGUGCGUCUCGGAAAGUGCACUCGUAAGUAGAGAUUUAGCGAUGUCUUUUAUUUUAAAAAAUCAUUUGAUGACGUACAUCAACUUCAAUUAAAUAAAGAAGUUCCUUUUUUUUUGACGAGGUAAUGCAAUGUUCUAUCAUAUUUCGAUGGAGGCUGCGCUCAGUGAUUACUUCAGAAAUUUUGCCCGGGGUGCACUUUAGAUUUUUCGGGGCGGGGGGGGGGGCAGUGCCAGCAGUGCCAGUUGAUUAAUUGUUGGACAUAGUUUUCUCCGAGGGGGCACUUAGCUUUCCCAGGGGGGAUAGCGCCCCCCCCCCCCGAAAUAUAGCUGAAAGAAACUCUGGCGCUGCUUUCUUCAUGAGUAAAAAAUCGAUUGACUUCCGUUCGUAUGUAGAGCUGAAUUCUAUUAUUCCAAAGGUGUAACUUUGUAAGAAUGCAUUAAUAUAGUCUUCAGAAAAAGAAAAAAACAACAAUUGAAAAUGCUUAAAAUAAAAUCAGAGUUAAUUAUAUUUAUUUNUGGACAUUGUUUUUUCCGGGGGGGCACUUAGGUUUCCCAGGGGGGAUAGCGCCCCCCCCCCCCGAAAUAUAGCUGAAAGAAACUCUGGCGCUGCUUUCUUCAUGAGUAAAAAAUCGAUUGACUUCCGUUCGUAUGUAGAGCUGAAUUCUAUUAUUCCAAAGGUGUAACUUUGUAAGAAUGCAUUAAUAUAGUCUUCAGAAAAAGAAAAAAACAACAAUUGAAAAUGCUUAAAAUAAAAUCAGAGUUAAUUAUAUUUAUUUUCAUGCAAAGGGAGCUUUGACCACACGAAGCCUUUCGCGUCUUAAUAGCUAAGGUAGCCUUUGAGGGUCAUUGCAGGAGAUAGUAUUGUAGGUUAUGAUUUAACGUGGAUCAUCCCCAUGUCUUUGCACGAUCCACAAAUAUUUAGCUUCAGCAUUCGUUAUAGAGAUUGGUGCCUUUGAGACUUUGAUAUAUGUUCCUAAACACACAGUAUUUUGUUGCUUUUGAUAUUUAUAAUUAAUUUGACUAAAUAUAAAUAUGAAAACAUCUGUGUUCGUCCAGCCCAAGGACAGCUGUGGUGGAUGUCCUGACGGUCACGCGUGCCAGCCCAGUGGAAAAGUCUGCGUUAUGGCACCGUGCCCUGAAGCCUUCGAGUGCGUCGCGGUGUCCACCCCAAGACCGCCGGCGGCGGCUUGUAACCUGGCCUGCAGACGAGGUUACGAAUGUCAGUUGCGGGUCCCUACCUGCCGGUUCUGGAGCAGAUGGUUUUGCAGGAGCCGCACCGUCCCCACCUGUGUCCCGAAAUGCCCCAAGACCAACGGUUCACGGAGGCGAUGUUCUAGGUGGUGGAAACCGAGAAAAGCGUGCUCCGGCGAUAACGACUGCAGGAAGAACAAAAAUCAGAGAUGCUGUCCAUCACAGUGUGAAUGGGACGUGUGCACAAAUGUUAGAAACAAAUAUUAA